GUGCGGCCCAGUCGCCGGCGUGCAGCCCGCGCAGUGCCACCGCCAGACCGCCAGCAGUGCCGGUGCCGUUCCCCUCCCCGCCAGUGCACAGUGCACAUGGCCAGGGCCCGCCGCACGCGCACGUGUCGUCUGCUCUAGUGCUGUCACUUUCGGCGCGUCGUCUGCCACCCGGUGAGGAGGAUGGCCCACUCGUGGUGCUGGGCCCUCUUGGCCUGCUGUGCCCUGCUGCUGGAUUUGUCACAACAACAACAAGACGGCCUGAGCGGCCCCAGCGGCAGCGGCCCCAGCGCUCCGGACAACAAUAACAACGGGGGCGCGGCCGAGGGCGACCUGGACUGCCAGUGCGUCCCGUACUUCCUGUGUGACCCCAACAACACCAUCAUCGACAACGGCCAGGGCUUGAUCGACGUCAGGUCCUCCGUGCCCCAGUGCGCCGGCGAGAUUGAGGUGUGCUGCAGGCUGCCGGCGUCGGCCAGCUCGACGCCCUCCCCCGCCCCCACGCCGGACUACCCGGACCCCGAGCCGCAGCCGCAGCCAGACCCGUCGCCGCAGCCGCAGCCCUACCCCGAGCCGCAGCCGCAGCCCAACCAGAACACCGUGAUCGUGCCGCAGGCCGGCUGCGGCGUCAAGCGGAUGCAGCAGACUUCCCUCCGCAUCCUGACGACGGACGGCGCGCCGGACGACACCGCCACGUUCUUCGCCGAGUUCCCCUGGAUGCUGGCCGUGCUGCUGGAGGAGCGUGUGGGCGACGCCCGGCCGCUGAACCGCUUCAAGUGCGGCGCCUCGCUCAUCACCAGGUCCGUGGCGCUCACCGCCGCGCACUGCAUCAUCGGGCAGGAGCCGUCCGCGCUCAAGGUCCGCGCCGGCGAGUGGGACACGCAGGGCCGCAGCGAGCCGCUCUCGCACCAGGACCGCGGCGUCGUGGCCGUCGUGGUGCACCCGGAGUACCGGCCCGGCCCGCUCUUCAACGACGUGGCCCUCAUCUUCCUGGACCGGCCCUUCGACCUGGCCGACAACGUGGACACCGUGUGCCUGCCCGACCCGGGCCAGCAGUUCGACGGCUCGCGCUGCUUCGCCACCGGCUGGGGGCGCGACUCGUUCGGCUCGACGGGCGCCUACCAGAAGAUCCUCCGCAAGGUGGAGCUCCCCAUAGUGCCGAACGCCGAGUGCCAGGCCAGGCUGCGGCAGACGCGGUUGGGCGCCUUCUUCAGGCUGCACAGCAGCUUCGUGUGCGCGGGCGGCGAGGCGGACCGCGACACCUGCCAGGGCGACGGCGGCGGCCCCUUGGUGUGCCCCCUGCCCCAGGACCCCAGCAGGUACGCGCAGGUGGGGGUGGUGGCGUGGGGCAUCGGCUGCGGCGAGGACUCGAACCCCGCCGUGUACGGCAGCGUGCCCUACGCCAUGAACUGGAUAACGAGCCAGAUCCAGCAGCAGCAGCAGCAGUGACGUGGCGCCAGUCUCGGCGACCUGAGCAACGACCAUUUCCAGUACACUUUUUGUUGACGAGCUACCGGUUGAUCCCGUGGGCACCUCCGUACUAUGUAAAUAUUUGGACUUCCUCUCUGUGCUAGUUUGGUUACCUGCCUUAUCGUCAUUUGUAUUCAUUUUCUUCACUUCGCAAGCCAUCCACUUCAUCCAUGUUAUUUUAAUUUUUUAUCGAACGAAAUAAACGAGUGGAAAUAUUUAGCUGA